GGAGAUGCCAACAAGAAGCUUCACGAAAUCAACCAAGAACGUAUUCGCACUGGCUAUCCUGUCCUUCGCGAGUUUGUCUUCGAGUACGAUAUGACUGGAGUCUGGUGGAUUCGCUAUCUUGUGCAGGAAGGCAAGGGACGCAGCAUGCUGCCCUACCAGAACCACAACAUCGACAUCUGCAUUUAUGAUCGUCUUUUCAAGUUGAAGUUGAUCCUUCCUGACCCCUUCUCGGAAGCACACAAAGCAACCAGGUUCUGUGACAUCUGGGGAUUCGACGAGGAUGCAUACAUUCAACGUUACCAUCGUUGGUUGAGUGAUAUUGACUUGCUCACGGAAGGUGUCGAAGAGGCCAAUGAUGUCGAAGAGCCAACCACGGAAGUCGCCGAAACUGCCACUGAUGAUUCCAGCCAUGACAGCGACGAGGUGAAUAUGGGUGGCAUCAACCUCAGGAUGAUGGAGCGCUACAUCGACAAUUUGGAAGUCGCAGAAGAAGAGGGUCCCGUGGACAAUGACUCUGUCUGGGAUCCCCAGUUCUUGACAAUGAGCAAGUUGACGCCGAGAUUGACACCAUCUUGA